AGCAAUUGGAUAAGAAUCUAAUUCCCUUGUGCAGUACUCUUAUCCUUCCAUGGGAAUCACCUGAACCUGUGUCCACAAGCAAGAACUGUGUGAUUUAAUUUAACUUUUAACCAUAUAAUCAAUUGUACCUGAAACCAAAAAUUCCAAGAUAUCAACCGUCUUUGGUCAGAAAAAAAAUUAGGCUCUCUCAUGGAUUUCUCGGCUGUUUCUUCUGCUCUCAAGAUAAUCGGCGAGCUAACACAAGAAGUCACAUCCUUGUGGGGUAUCGAUGAACAAGUUGAGGGGUUGGCAAGUGAGUUGAGAUGGAUGCAAAGCUUCCUGAAGGUGGCAGAUGCAAGAGAAGUUGACAAUGAGCUGAUACGUACCAGUGUUGUUAAGGUCAGAGAGUUGGCCUACGAUGCUGAAGAUGUGAUCGAGACGUUUUCCCUCAAAGUUGCUUCCAAAAGGAAAGGUGGAUUUUCAAAUUGCAUCAAAAGAUCCGCUUGUUUCCUCAAGGAGGGAUGCCUGCUCCACCAGAUCAAGUCAGAGAUAGAGAAAAUCACAGCCAGAAUCAAAGAAUUGACCCGACAAUUAAAGACGUAUGAUGUAUCAAAGUUCGGGGUUGAUGGAGAAGGACUAAGUUCUUCAACUCAAAGGCGGGAGUCACGGCGGCCUUAUCCUCAUGUUAUGGAUGAUAACAUUGUUGGAUUGGAUAAGGAUAUCAAGAAACUUGUCCCAGUUCUUCUCGAUGAGCAAAGUGAAUGUAGGGUUGUCUCCAUAUGCGGAAUGGGUGGUCUGGGCAAGACCACUCUUGCCAAGAAAAUAUAUCAUCACAGCCAAGUUGUUGAUCAUUUCAAGCACUUGGCUUGGGUAUAUGUUUCUCAAAACUAUCAAAAAAGAAAAGUUUGGGUAGACAUUCUAUCUGAUCUUAACAUCUUAAGUGAAGAAGAUAGGAAGAUGAAGAUGAAGAUUGAAAAGUUAGCAGAGAAGUUAUCUGGUUUCUUUGAGGAAAACAAAUGUUUGGUGAUACUCGACGAUGUUUGGAGCAUCGAGGCUUGGGAUUGCUUAAAACCAGCAUUUUCAGCAAGAGAGACGAGAAGCAAGAUCUUACUCACCUCUCGGAACAAGGAGAUAAUUUCACAUGCUGACAAAAAUGGUUUCCUAUAUGAAUUGCAGUGCCUAAACGACGAACAGAGUUGGGAACUAUUCCAAAAGAUUGCCAUUCCCCCAACAAAUUCUCCAGACUAUAAAAUUGAUGCGAAAAUGAAGGAGUUAGGAGAGGAAAUGGUCAAACACUGUGCAGGGCUUCCAUUAGCCAUCAUUAUAUUGGGAGGAAUUUUAGCUACAAAGUACCCUUUAUUAACUGAAUGGCUGAAGGUAUCUGCAAAUGUGAAAUCAUACUUGAACAACGAUAAAGGUGAAGUACUAAGAGAUGUGUUAGUAUUAAGUUAUGAUGAUUUGCCUCCCUAUUUAAGAUCAUGUUUCCUUUAUUUAAGCCAAAUUCCAGAGGACUAUGAGAUGCCUGUGGAUAGAUUGAUUCAGUUAUGGGUUGCCGAAGGUAUUGUUUCAUCGAAGCAACAAGAAGGAGAUGAAGGGCAAAUAGCGGAAGAUGUGGCUGAAGGUUAUUUAAUGGAGCUUGCAGAAAGAUGUAUGAUUCAAGUACGACAAAGAGACAUUGCAACCUUAAAGAUGAGAAGUUUUCAGAUGCAUGAUCUAAUGAGAGAUGUUUGCUUGUCAAAGGCAAAACAAGAAAAAUUCCUCUAUAUUGCUGAUCAGUCAAAUGCGUGCCAAUUAUCCACAAUUGGGAGAGUUCGCAGAGUUUCUGUACACAAAUAUUUUCCCUUGCAGUGCAUUAAAAGUCCACGUCUUCGAUCACUUUUGUUCUUCGAUAAGUUUUUACCGUUCGAGGAACAGGAAAAUAUUUUGCCAUUGACAAUGGAAAGGUACUUCGACAACCAUGAAGAUGAACUUUUCAAUCCACUUGUUUGGUUUGUGGGACUUUUAAUUGUUAGUGUGUUAGGUACUAAAUUUAGUGGAAUUUGGAAAUAUAUGUUCAAUAAUUUUAAUUUUAUUAGAGUCUUAGAUUACGAAAAAGGAGGAGAUGCAGGAUGCAAGUUACCCAAUGACAUUGGUAAGCUUAUCCAUUUACGAUUCUUGAGACUAAGGGAUCUGAACUUCUUUAGUUCAAAGUUGCCAUCAUCCCUAGGCAACUUAAGGUGCUUGCAAACCUUAGAUUUAAGAAUCAAACACGGAAUAUGUUUGGAAUCUGUUCAUGUACCUAAUGUGUUAUGGAGGAUGCAGCAACUAAGACAUCUAUAUCUCCCUGAGCAAUGCAGUCCUGAAACAAAGUUGAAGUUGGGUACAUUGAGAAACCUCCAAACACUUGUCAACUUCAACACCAAGUGUUGUUAUGUAAAGGAUCUUAUCAACAUGACAAAUAUUAGAGAGUUGGAAAUUCGAGGGCCCUUCAAUAUUGAAGAUUUUAACACGGAGGAGUUGGACAAGAAUCCAUCUAUUAUCCAAAGUAAAUAUCUCUAUUCCCUGUCUAUUAUCAUCAAUGAUGAAGGAAGAAUUGAUCCAAGACAUUUGGCGCACCUCCUUUUGAGUUGCGAAAACAUUUCUAAGUUGAGCUUAGAUGUGGUGAUAAGAAGGUUACCAGAGUACCGCUACUUGUCUUCAAAUCUCGCUUACAUAAAGUUGAGAAGAUGCGAGCUUGAGGAAGAUCCAAUGUCAACUCUUGGGAAGCUGCCUAACUUAAGGAUUCUUGAAUUACAUGAAGAGGCUUUCAUACGAAAGGAAAUGUUUUGCUGUGGACAAGCCUUUGCUAAACUUGAGUCUCUAAGCCUUAAGGAUCUGAGCCAUCUGGAGGAGUGGAAGGUAAGUGAAAGAGCCAUGCCUUCUCUUCGGCGAUUGGAGAUAGAAAACUGCAGACAACUAAAAAAGCUUCCAGAUGGACUGAGGUUGAUUGCAACCCUCCAAGAACUGAAGAUUGAAUCAAUGCCAAAGACAUUCAAAGAUAAAGUGGAGGAAGGGGGAGAAGAUUUCUACAAAGUCCAACAUAUUCCUUCUAUCAUAUUCCAAGAUUGCGAGUGAUAGUAAUUAUGAUUAAUUCCAGGUGUAGAAGCCAUUGCCAUAUUUUUUAUUCUGCUGCUGCUCUUCGUGGGACCAAAUAUAUUUAAAAGAGUUGUAACAGUACUAUGUGGAAUUGUGUACGUGGUGUAAAAUUGGAGAUUUGAUAAAGUAGACCCCACUAAUUAAGCUGCCUUUCAAUAAUCAAUUGUAAUUAUAUGAUUAAUCUUCACUCUGCUUUUUUAAAAAUAGAAUAAUCCUCACUUUAAAAAGUAAA